AGUCGUCCUUUAAUUAUUAGGUUCUCCUUUUACCUUUCCCACUGCAAAAAGAAAAAUAAUAAUAAAGUUGUGCAUUUUGUGUCUUUGCUAAUGGAGUUGUAAAGUUCAAAAGAUGAAGUCAUUUCAACUUCGACAUUUUUCUGAGUGUGAGGUCCUGCUGUUCUUAUCUCUGGUCUGAAACUCAAAACAAAUGUUGGAACAGAAAUAGAAAGAAGGACUUCUCCAUGGGGAAUUGUAGUUUAGUAUUGCUGUUAUGUCUUACAUGGAGUCUCUUCAAUUUGGGUACCUCUCAGUUGCCGUCUUUUCAAGCACAAGUGCUUCUUCAGCUAAAGAGACAUUUGGAGCACCCAAAACAGCUUGAAAUGUGGUAUGACCAUGGAACUGAUUUCUGCUCUUUGCUUCCUUCUGCGCGAGUGAACAUCACAUGCCAGUUUAAUAGUGUCACUGAGCUCACAAUAAUGGGGGAUAAGCCAUCCAAUAAGGUCAGUACUUUUGAGGGUUUUGCAAUUCCAAACAAGACUUUAUCAGAAAACUUCUCCAUAGACUCUUUUGUUACAACUCUGUCAAGGUUAUCAAGCUUGAGAGUUCUUUCUUUGGUGUCUUUGGGCAUUUGGGGUCCUCUCCCUGAUAAAAUCCAUCGAUUGACUUCACUUGAAUAUCUGGAUUUGAGUUCCAAUUUUCUCUUUGGCGCAAUCCCUCCUAAGUUUUCUACAAUGGUGAAGCUUCAAAGCCUUAUUUUGGAAAAUAAUUUCUUUAAUGGGAGAGAAACCAGUUGGAUAGGUUCUUUAUCUAGUCUGAGUACCUUGAGCUUGAAGAACAACCAAUUGAAUGGUCCAUUUCCUUCUUCAACAUGCAGUAUUACCACACUCACUGUUCUUGUUUUGUCCGGAAAUGGGAUAUCCGGGAAACUGCCUGAUUUCAGUAGCUUAAUCAAUCUUCAGGUGCUGGAUUUGAGUGAGAACAAACUAGAUUCUAAUCUGCCAAAAUUGCCUAAAAGGUUGGUUAUGGCUUUCCUUAGUAACAACUCCUUCUCAGGGGAGAUUCCAAGCCAAUACAGUGGGCUAAAUCAGCUUCAACACAUUGAUCUGUCAUUCAACAAGCUUAGUGGAGCAGCUCCUGCUGACCUUUUCUCAUUGUCAAAAAUCAGUUCCUUGAAUUUGGCAUCAAAUAUGCUCACUGGGUCACUUCCACACAAUCUAAGUUGUAGUAGCAACCUCGAGUUCAUUGACAUAUCAAAUAACAGGUUAACAGGAGGGUUGCCUUCCUGUUUAGGUGAAAAAUCAGAUACAAGAACCGUUAAAUUCAAUGGAAAUUGUUUAUCUGUUGAUCGACAUAGUCAGCACGCAGAGUCAUAUUGCAUAGAAGACAUCGAUGUGGAGAGGAGAGAAUCUGGAGAAGAAGGCAUAGGAAUUUUAAUUGGUAUCACUGUAGGAGUGGCUGUAGUUUUUGUGCUUCUGGUUCUUGGCUUUCUGACUGCAUGUAGAAGAUGCUGCUCUCGUGGAACAUCGGAGCAGCAUUUGCUGCAUAAAGCAGUUCAGGAUAGCUCAACCACAGGGUUCUCUUGUGAGCUCCCAAACAAUGAAAGGUUUAUAUCCGAAGCUUCAAAGUUGGAAUCACAAUGUCUUCCAGCAUGCAGGUCAUUCACUAUGGAAGAGCUGAAGGAAGCUACAAACAAUUUCAACAACUCUGCUGUUCUUGGUGAAGGUUCAUAUGGGAAGCUUUACCAUGGACGACUGGAGAAUGGAAUGCCGGUUGCUAUAAGGUGCCUACCUUCCUCAAAGAGAUAUUCAAUUCGAAAUCUCAGGCUGAGGCUGGAUAUGCUUGCAAAGAUACGGCAUCCCAAUCUGGUUGGCGUCAUUGGGCAUUGCAUUGAUGGAGGUAGACAAGAUGAUUACAGCGUGAACCAAGUCUUCCUUGUUUACGAAUACCUGCCCAACGGAAACUUGCGUUCUCAUCUCUCAGACAAUGGUUCCGGAGUGACUCUUAAUUGGUCAGAAAGACUAGGUGUUUUGAUUGGAGUAGCAAAGGCUGUGCUUUUUCUCCACACUGGGGUUAUUCCUGGUUUCUUCAACAACCGGUUGAAGACAAAUAAUAUUCUGCUGAAUGAGCGUGGAACGGCCAAGCUCAGUGAUUAUGGGCUGUCCAUUAUCUCUGAACAGAGUGGCAGCAGUGGGGGAAAUGAAGACCUUAAAUCAUGGUAAGGAUCUUCACUUUCCCUUCUGUUCAAGGUGCUGACUUCCUUUGGCUAAGGAGACCUUAAGUAACCUACUUUUUUAAAGUUGAGAUUGGUUCAAAAUUUUCUCAGAACUAUAAUGUUUGCAUCAAAUAUAGCCGAGUUCAAGUUGAAUCAAAACUCAAGUUGCAAAUUUCUAGCUCCUACUUACCAUUAUUGGGUUGGGAUUUUUUGAAAACCCUAGCUGAUAUUCCUGUUUAACAUGUUCUUCUCAGGCAAAUGCAAAGAUUAGAUGAUGAUGUUUAUAGCUUUGGUCUCAUCUUGCUGGAAUCCCUUGUUGGGUCUUCAAUAGUUGCUAAAAAGGAGGGAUUUCUGCAAGAAGCACUGGUAUCAUUAAACAACCAAGAUGGGCGAGGAAAGGCAAUUAGUCCAAUUGUCAUGGCAACUAGCUCACAAGAGUCAUUAUCAAUCAUAAUUUCGAUCACAUGUAAAUGCAUUAGUUUCGAAUCAUGGAGUCGUCCGUCUUUUGAGGACAUCCUCUGGAAUUUACAACAAGCAGCUCAAGUGCAGGCAAUUCCAGAUGGUCAAAAAAACCUAGCCACUACAAGAAAUUUCAAGUAGCUCCAUCUUUAAUUGUCAGUAUCAGAAUGUUUAAUUAUUGUGUUUUUCUUUGUCCAGUGACACGUACACUAACCAGAAAUUAAUAGAAGUAAGAAGUUUUU